UGCAGCGACGCGGGACCGCCAAUAUACUGAAUACCACACGAGAGCAACCACGCGAGAACACGAUGUACAAAUACGCGCUAGCACUUGCACUGCUCGCCGUCGCCGGCUGCGAGGAGAGACCCCACAAGACCACCCAGUAUGUGGACCCCUUCGCGAUGAUCGACCGACACUUCACACACUCACUGGCGUACCACUACCUGUGGCCGUGGAACCAGCUCAUACGCGCCGCGGCCGCACUGGACAUCGAGGAGUCCCUGGAAGACCCGCAGAUCAUAUCGGAUUCAGAAAAAUACCUAAUCAACCUGAACGUCAGAAGAUUCAAACCGGACGAACUGAAAAUCAAAGUGAAGAACCGACACAUCAUCGUCGAAGGCAAACACAAGGAGAAGGACAACGAGAAGAAAUACAUGGCGAACCACUUCGUGCAACGCUUCGUACUCCCGCCUGGCACGCAGCAGGAGGAAGUCAGAGCGGUGUACAACGAGAAGCGCGUUCUGUCUAUAACGGCACCGAAGCACGAGCUGCCGCCGCCUCUGCCGGAGAGGGAAGUGCCGAUCGAAGUUAUAUUGCCAGAAGAGAAUACCGAAGUGGUCGCUGAAAAGCUGGAGGAGGACAUAAAAGAGACGGCGGCGCCAUCGAUUCCCACUUCAUCAGUUACCCCAUUAGAACAAAUCGACUUGGAGGCGACGACUCACGUCGGGAAAAUAAGGAAGAAAGAGCUGAAAACAACAACGAAAACGACGAAAGAUAACGAAGUCACGAAGGGGAUCGACGGCAACGGAUUGGAUUACGCGCUAAUCGAAACCGACGAGUGAAUGACUGAGCAGGGGGAUGGGAAAAGACUGAAAAUGAGCUUUAAAGUGAGUGAAUGCAUCUCGUUGAACGAGAUAGUGCUGUGGUGUUUUGUCAAUUAAGUAUUAAAGUUAUUCGUUUUAAUUAAAUAAAGACGUUAUUUAUUAA